AUGCGAGUAAUACGGGAGAAGGUACGUCGGAUCAUCCGUAAAACGGCGAAUGCCUUUUGGGCCGAUUUCUCAUGGUGUAGUGCGAAGGACAAGUUUGAGGAGACCCAGAUGCCUAAAUCUUUUUUGGCAUCUAUCCUCAUGAUGUUUUCUGGUCCCUUUUCACCAUGCAUAACAAAGGCAUUCGCUGAAUCCCCUCCAAACGACACAUGGACGCACUUUUCAUCAUUCAGAGGAAGGUGCCAGUCCAACGACCACUGCUUGGCAGCGUCUACAUCCAUUUGGAGGGCGCUGGCAUUGGAACUCCAGGAUUUCAAGUCGUCCGCAAAAAACUUCUCAGGAAUGCGCAUCAUCCUUGAAAAAGUCCGAGACCAGGACUUCUCAGGAAUGCGCAUCAUCCUUGAAAAAGUCACACCGAGACCAGCUCCAGUGGAAGAACUAUAUAGGACCGUUGUCCAGAAAGUCCACGAGGUUAACGUGACGUUCGUCCCAAAAGACCCGGCACGCACUAGGAUGAACCGCAGGAAGUCAAAAAGGAUUCAGCGACUUCUGGAAAGAAGAUCCCACCUCUUUUUCAAAAGGUUGACCACAGGGGCCACAGAGGAUGAACUGGCAUUUCCUGCGUGGAAUGACAUUCCUCCGACGGUUGUCCACGCUCCUUCUAGAACCCAAUUUAAAGCCCUAUUAGACAUUUAUUUAUGCGACUCCUCGCGCUGGCAAGCGUACUGCCCCGCCUUGAGAAAAUUAAGAGCAAUGCUACACCCUUUUUCACUUGUGCCUUUCAAACACAAUCCUGUAAACAGGAUGGGUCGGUUGGGCGAAUUCAAAUUGAAUCUCUGCACUGUAGUCAUCUUUAAUUUCGGUGUACUUUUGGGAAUGCUGCUCAGCCGAGUUUACCUUGUCCACAUGGAGCCCGUUUUUAUUUCGACUGCCACAGCGAAGUUGGACUUCACAAAUGACACAUACGGACAUUCAAAUGAAUCAAUCAUUGCAGAUGAACUGUUCAGGAAAGUACGUGUCGUCUGCAUGAUUCUCACAAUGCCAGCAAAUCACGAGAAUAAAGCGACAGUCGUGCGAAACACAUGGGCUUCCAGAUGCAACGUCCACUUCUUCCUUAGUAGCGUCGAGAACAAAACACUCCAUUCACUCGCUGCAGUUCAAGAGGAAAAUCGGGAGGCUUUGUGGGACAAGACCAAAUUUGGAAUACGCCAUGCUGUCGAAAAGUAUUCAAACUAUGACUUCUUUCUGAAAGCGGAUGAUGACACAUUUGUGAUAGUAGAGAAUCUUCGCAAACUACUCCGGGACCUUAAUCCAAACGAUCCAUUCAUCAUGGGCAGGAGAUUUCGGCCACAUGUAAAACAAGGUUAUUUGUCCGGAGGAGGCGGUUAUGUCAUUUCCCGAGCUGCAUUACUUCGAAUACACAAUGGGUUGGCCAACGACACCAGAUGUGCUGGGCGAGAACAUGGAGGAGCUGAAGACGUGAGGCUAGGGCACUGUGCGGAAGUGGUUGGCGUUCGAAUCAUGGACAGCUUAGAUGAACAUGGUCUCGAACGAUUCCAUCCCUUUUCACCAGCCUCCAUGAUGAGCAAGAGCGUGCUGGAAGCCACACGCUGGUUUAUGAGCUACAAUUAUCACAAGGUUCAGACAGGCAUUGAGUGCUGCAGUGACUACGCCGUCACCUUCCACUACGUGGCGCCGAGCGAUAUGUAUGUUUACCAUUAUUUUCUCUAUCAUUUGCAUCCCUACGGAAUUCACCGAGACUUUCAUGAUGUGCUUCAACUAUGCAACCGCGUAAUGAUCAAAGGAGCAACUUGACCUUUUCGGAAAAUGUUACCAUUCUUUUGACCUAGUUUCACUGCUUCUAUUCGGAUCGUGUUCAGCUGAAGAUUUCUCACUGUGUAGUCCAUAGUGUUUUUUUCCACUUAUUUCACAGAGUGUUCCGUUUUUUUUUAUCGGCCAAGGAAAACGAGGAUCCUUGUUUUUGCAGAGAUAACUUCUUUUCGUAUGAAAUUUGUUUUGUCAAAUUACGUGCGUGCUGCUGAUCGCUACUUCGGGAUUGGGUC